UUUGCGCCAUAUCGUUGGAGUCAGACUUACCUGACGCGCGGCGGUGCACCUGUCGCGGAACUAUCGCCUGCGUUUUGCCUCGGAUUUACCUGUUGAUUCAAAAUGCGUCAGUAAUCCUGCCGUCCAGUUGUAUACACACGCCAACUAAUCAACAAUCAUGAAGAGGGGGACGUUGAAUUUUCUGGGUCGGAAGAAUCAGUCUCUUUUCGACACCAAUAUCAAAAUCAAGGACAUGGAAAAUGUAGAGCUGGUGCUGAAGCCAUCGGCAAUCUCUGAGUCAGGAACCGCCAGUGUGCGGGCCAGACCCACCGUCAAGCAUCACGCUUUCUCAUCAGAGAGUUUUCAAGGCUUUGCCGUCCCAACACCCAAAGUCCCCCUCCUCCCCUCUAUCAACGGUCAAAAGACCAACAGUUCAGUUGGUGGAGAUCACUUGUCCAAUGGAUCUGUUAUAUCUCUGCCUGACCUCGGAGAGGAAGGCAUGUUUGCUCCUCCUCCUCCCGCUAUGGCUCCUCCACCCCCUCCAGGGACUUUUAUCCCUCCACCAGACUUCAUGGGUGACAUGAACAGUCUAAAUGUGGCAACCCUUCCCUCUCUAUCCAUGCCUAAUCCAAAACCGAUCUCUCUGGGACCUUUCAUUGAGGGGGAAGACUUAACCUUCAUAAAACCACCACCAAUGGCUCCACCAAAGCCUCCGCCAAAGCCUCCAUCAAAGCCUCCAUCUACUAGCUCCAGUGGCUCUUUAUCAUCCGUCUCCAUUUCCACUCCAUCGCCAGCCAAAGUUCCUGACCGACCAACAUUUUCCCCACCCUUGCCUCCAUCUGAAAGGCAACAGAAGAACCCACCUCCAAAACCCAUUAGACUGUCCUCUAUUUCCAACUUUGACUCCCCACCAGCGACUCCUGCCCCACCUCCUCCCGUGCAGACAGCCACACUGUCCAGUUUCAAUCCCCAAAACGCAGCAAAGCUUUACUAUGUUCCUCAGACCUCAAUUCUCAGUGGGUAUGAAGAGCAUGAGAAAAGACGCACACAGGUGUUACUCCUGGAAGAUACUGUGCCCGUUGACUCUCUUCCAGUUCUCCUCCAGGUGGAUGGGAAAGCCCCUAAAGUGGCUACACCAUAUAAGCCAGCUCACAAAGUUGGAGAGGACCUGAAGGAGAACUUACAAAUUACACAACCCCCUCAAUCACCGCCUCCUGAGCCAAAAAUGGAGGCUAAAAAAGCAACAGUUUCAGUACAGCCCAAAGAAGACCAACCGCUCCAGACUCCACAACAGACGUCAUCACAGCUGCUAAAACUAAAUGGUACUCGGGUGAAAUCAGAGCCCAUCAGGGAGAGAUAUGUAGCAUCUCCAAGUCAAAAUCGGAGAUUCAGUCCGAUAUUAGAUAAUAAACUACGCAACCUGAGGAGUGGUGAAACCAACGGGGCACGAGAUGGACGUGCAUCAUCCCCGCUGGCUCUGUUAUUGGCGGCUAAAGAAAGAGACAUAAUAUAUAAAUCAAGUCAGCCUCUGUCAAGGGAAAACAGCGACAAGAUGAUUGAGCGGCCGAGUGCAAGCAUUAACCCGAGUGACACUCGUCCCAAUUCAUUUAUUGUAACUCCCAUGUCCAGCUCACCCUCUUCUCUAACAUCUCUAGAAAGAAUGCAGGAGAGUCGAAUGUUUGUCAAUCCUGUGGUCGAUACGCAAACAAUUCAGGAUCCAGUCAGAUCCAGCAGUCCUGCUCUGGUCAAGGAUUUGAUGCCAUCCGCCAGUUCAUCUCUCAGUAGGAAGGCUGAACCCCCAACUAUGACCCACAUGCAGAGUCACUCAAAGGUUCAACACACACAGCCUGAGGACUUAUGUAUGUCAUUCCUCGCUCCGCCGCCAGAGUUUGAUGAUUUUGACGGUUUUGAUGAUUCUGACGAUGUUAUGGAGUCUCCUCCUUUCGUCCCCACACCUGACCCACCCAUGAAAAAGGCACCAACAGACGAUUGGAUCCCUCUCCCUCCAUCUCAUAUUCCACCUCCUCCCCCAAAGCUCAAACCCCCAGCAGCUCCAAAACUCCCACCUCUUGACUUCGACUUUAAACCGAAGCUUAAACCCAUGAUGAAAACCAAGUUGGCCCCUGCUCAGCUCCCAGCCACUAUUUCACCCAGCCAGGCCACACUCCUGAGUAUUCUUCAAAAGAAGAUGUUAGAAAUGGACCACAAAAUGGCCCCAGCGAAUGAGGCAGAGUCCACGUCUGAUGACUGGGGCACCCCCCUGCCCGAUGAGGACAAUAAUGUCCCUGUUGUCCGCAGAGCCGCACCACAGAGCAAGAAUUACCCCGAGGUCAGCAAAGCAGCAACACUGAACAUGCAGGAGCUGGAGAGUAAAAUGGUCAACAAAUAUCAGGAAACCUCUUCAGUGAAAGUUCCCACCAGCAUCGGGACGGAGUCAAAACAUAAGUAUGGUAUGACCUUUACAGUUCGGCCAGGAACCAAGCAGCCCAUUUCUCUCGUCAGUAAAGGGGAGCCGUAAUGAGACGGCUGUUCUUCUGUGUCACAAUGCAUGGCGUGGAAAAGCACUUUGAACAAAUUAUCAUAGCAAGUAUGUUAAGAAUGUCUGCUGAUUUUUUUGAAUGUAUUUCUCAAUCUUUGGGAAACUAUCACCGUCAAAUCGGGUUUUCUGAUUUGUAUUUAUUAAGCGUCUGGUGAACCAUUUUUUUUACUGCUGCCUUUUAUUCAGUAUAUAGGUUAAUGUUGAACAAUAUGCGUUUUUAUCAGUUUUCAUGCCACAUGGGAUAUAUUCAUGAGAAAAAUUAUAUUUAAAGUUAUUCAUAGCUGGUGAAUCUACAUUCCUUUAAAAAAAAUUCAUGACAGGCUUUCACAGAUAUAUCGGUAAACUUGAUUUUAAAAGACAAGUGUGUAUCUUUCAGUAGGAUUGUUUCUCAUAUUUAUUAAUCUUGGAAAUGCUUUGCCAUCUGUAAAAUAGGUAUUCUACUGCAGUAAACGUUUCAAUGUAUCUACAUUCAUCCUGUACAUAUCAGUUUAGAUAAAAUGACAAAAGUACCUAUAUAUUGAACGAUGUAGUGUUUGUACCUUAAGUUUGUACAAUCUAAAUAUUUUAAAUGUUGGUUGUAAAGUCUACACCAAAUGUUGUCCAACAACUAAUCUGAAAGUAAUUGCAGUAAUUGCAUGUAAAGGUCCGUGAGUUUUUAAAAUAUUACAGUAUUUAAUAAUUUGAUAAUUUGUGUUGGCAUCAAGACAUCUUCGUAACAAAAAGACAAAAGUGCAGAUGACAUGGUGCUAAUGGUUUGGACAUAGGAAAAAAAACUGGAAUGACAGUUGCACUGGCACCAGCAUAAAGAUCUUAAUCUGCAAUAUCUUGAAUAAACUUUUCUUUCUGU